UUUGCCACCUUCCUCUUUUCUGCUCACCACCACUCACCUGGUGCAAACUACAUGAAAUGAUUGUGCUAACAUUUGGUAGAGAUGAUGGUUACUCUUUGUAACAUGGAGCAGUUUGUGCAUUAUCACUGUCUACACGUAUCAGCUCUUAUUUCUGAAUUUGGCUUUUUUGCAGGUCCCUAGCUGUUGGUAGUAAGUCCGGUUAUAAGUUUUUCUCCCUUUCUUCUGUGGAUAAGCUGGAACAGAUCUAUGAAUGCACUGAUACUGAGGAUGUGUGCAUCGUGGAAAGAUUGUUCUCAAGCAGCUUGGUGGCCAUCGUCAGCCUGAAGGCUCCUAGGAAGCUAAAAGUUUGCCACUUUAAGAAAGGAACUGAGAUCUGCAACUACAGCUAUUCCAACACAAUACUGGCUGUGAAGCUGAACAGGCAGAGGCUCAUCGUGUGCCUGGAGGAGUCUCUGUACAUACACAACAUUCGGGACAUGAAGGUGCUGCACACCAUCCGGGAGACGCCCCCAAACCCGGCAGGCCUGUGCGCACUGUCCAUUAACAAUGACAACUGCUACCUGGCGUACCCUGGCAGUGCCACCAUCGGAGAGGUGCAGGUCUUCGACACCAUUAACCUGAGAGCUGCCAACAUGAUCCCUGCUCACGACAGUCCUUUAGCUGCCCUGGCUUUUGACGCCAGUGGAACCAAGCUUGCUACUGCUUCUGAGAAGGGGACCGUGAUUAGGGUAUUUUCCAUUCCAGAGGGACAGAAACUCUUUGAGUUCCGGAGAGGAGUUAAGAGGUGUGUGAGCAUCUGCUCUCUGGCCUUCAGCAUGGACGGCAUGUUCCUCUCUGCCUCCAGCAACACAGAGACUGUGCACAUCUUCAAACUCGAGACUGUGAAGGAAAAGCCUCAGGAGGAGCCCACCACCUGGACCGGCUACUUCGGGAAGGUGCUCAUGGCCUCCACCAGCUACUUGCCCUCCCAAGUAACAGAAAUGUUCAACCAGGGCAGAGCCUUUGCCACAGUGCGCCUGCCGUUCUGUGGCCACAAAAACAUCUGCGCCCUAGCCACAAUUCAGAAGAUUCCCCGAUUGCUGGUGGGAGCUUCUGACGGGUACUUGUACAUGUACAACCUGGACCCCCAGGAAGGGGGUGAGUGUACCCUCAUGAAACAGCACAAGUUGGAUGGCAGCAUGGAAACAACCAAUGAAAUCUUAGAUUCUGCCUCUCACGACUGCCCCUUAGUGACUCAGACCUACAGCACAGCUGUAGCCAAAGGUACUCACGUACCGGCAUCUCCGACAAGACUUGCCUACACGGAUGAGCUGGGUGCCGUGGGCGGCGCGUGUCUGGAAGAGGAAGCCAGCGCCCUGCGGCUGGAGGAAGACAGCGAGCACCCUCCCAUGAUUCUCCGGACGGACUGAACGUGACCUGUGAACUCUGACCCCAAAGCAGAGAACACUGGCUGACAGAGGACUUUGUGUUAUGCUGCUAUGAACUUUGACCUGAGUCGGGGGAGAGGAUGGCAGAGACUUAAAAAGAUUGUAGCUGUAGUCUCAUUCCCUACUGUUGAGAAAUACAUGGUUUUCACUUCAGUGGCUUUUAAUCUGC